AUGGCAGGGCCUCACGAACAAGCACAGCAGACGGUGCCUUUCAUGGAUCGACUUCCAAUUCCAGCGAAUGCAAAUCAAGCUGCCCUUUCACGGGUGUUCGCGCGUCUCUCAGCGGCCCUUCCUCAGCAACCGCAACAGAUCGCCUCUCCCGGCGGGGAGGCUCCAGGAAGCGACUGGUCAAAAGCGUUGGCCAGUCAGCGAUCGACGGAGCGAAUGAGACGGCCCGGCACAGCGCGAACCGAAGCUGGCCCCCGGAAGACCACCCCCCGCGGCCGCGCCAGCAGCGUCGACCGCCAGAGGAUGACGUCUCCCGGGCGCAUGACGUCACCAGGGCGUCUCUAUUCGAGCCGCGGCCGCGGCGCGGCCGCGGGUCGCGAGGGUUUGGAGGUUCGGGACUCGCAGCUGACCGCACUGCAGCAGCAGUGCGCGGCCGCGACCGAGCGGUGCCGAGAACUAGAGGCGUCGCUUCGAGAGAAGGACGUGGAGGUCCGCUCUCUCAAAGCCCGGAACGCGAAGCUCCGGUCGGAAAAGGCGAACGAGCGGAUGAAACGCCAGAUGAAUGCCGUCGACCAGGUGUUACAGCCGGAAGAUGCGGCCGGGGCGCGGCUCGAGGGGCCGGGGUUUGGAAAGGACCACCGAUUGGCGCUGCUCAUCAAGAAAGUGAAGUCGCUCGAAGAGUCGCGUGACGAGGCGCUCUCUCUCGCGGAGAGGGCGCAGGCGGCAAUCGUGCCCGUUCGAGAAGCUUUAGAAGCGAAGACUCUCCAAAGCGAGGAGGUCGAGAAGCGGUGCCAGGCGCAGGCGCACGAACUAGAUCGACAACGCGCCAAGAACGAAAAGCUGGAAGCGCAUCUGAAGGCGGAGGUCGACGCGCGCGCGCAGUUGCUGGAGCAAGAGGAACGAAGAAGGAGCGAAUUCGAGCAAGUUUGUGCGGAGGUGGAUUCGCUCCGUUCCGUACGAGCGGAACUGCUGGAGCGGACGGUGAAACGGGACCGGAAAGUUGACGUGCUCCAGAGGAAAGUCAAAGCGUUGGGAGAGACACUAGAAGCGGAACAGAAGGCGCGCACGAAGGUCGAAGACGAGCUCGCGAAUUUGGAGGACCGCAUGAGGACGAUACGGAAACGGAGCGCGGCUCUCGAGGGGCGGUGCAAUCAGGAGAAGGAGCAGAAAGAGGCGCUGCUGCGAGACGUGCAGAUGAAAGAGGAGGAGUGCUGCCUGCUGGUUAAGAUGGUCAAUAACCCGCUCGCGCAAGACGCGGCCGCGGGGCGCCUCAGUGACGCGGACACGAUCGCCGAGCAGUCGGAAAGAAUCAAGAUUCUGUUGGCUGAAGUUUCGCGGCUUAGGUUUGCUGGUGCGCGCGCAUCCCCUUCCCCGCGGCCAGAACCCUCGAACCCCGCGUCGCCGUUCGACCAGAGCGACUGGGCGCCCGCGACCGCUAAAGAUUCUCAGCCCGCUGCCUCCCCUGCCCUUCGGCCGAAAACGUCUCGGCGUCCCGACGCCGUCGAAGCCGCAGCGCGGCUCUCCCGCAGAAGGAGCUCGAAGGCGUUUGGCGCGCCCGUCAAACGGGACUCCGUUCGUUCGUUCGAUGACAGUCUGCAGCAGAGUCUUGACGGGAGUCUUGAGAUCGACACUGGUACGUUUGAAACUGAGAACGGUCAAGUGGAAGAGGAAAGACGUUUGAGUGCCGAGGGCGUCGAAAGGUUGGAUGAGAACGCUGCAGAUCAAGGGAAUGAGGGCGUGGCAAACCGGGAGUCUAGUCGGGGCCUGGAAGAGGAAUUGAGCGCAGUGGGCGACUCCGGUUCCGAGUCGGAAUGGGAGGAGACGGAUCCGUUCCCUUCCCAUCUCCUCGAGGAUGAGAACGAGUUGGACGAUGUGCCUGUAGUGCAAGUAGUUCUGUCUACUUCUUAGUCUCAGAUUGAUACAUGAUUACCAAACUGGUGCAAAAAGAACCGCUUGGCACUCUAACCCGGCAUCCAGAGCGGUAGUGCACAGAGUUCUGAAAGCGACGAUAAAGCACUGAUUAGGCGGAACUUGCCGUUGCUACAGCCUGCUGAAGUAAUCAGCAGGUUGCCUCGGUAAGCUUGAAAGGAUCAGACAGGGCUGCAAUAUGCGGCUCCGCAAACCUAGAUUACUUUGUAGACUCAGCAUUCAUGUAAAGGGUGCUAGCUAAGCAAGUACACUCGACGAGCAUGGUUACAUUCUAAGUAAGGACUGAGCCUUCGACAUCUCAC